GUCGAUACAUUAUCUCAAUUGAAUGAAAUGGAGAAGGAAGCCAUGAAAGUAUAUAUAGUAAUAGAGGAAAGUGAAAAGGAGGAAUUAAAAAGGAAAAAGAAGGAAAAACAAGCAAAGGAAAAGAAAACCAACUUGUCUACGCAUGAAGUAGUGUUGAAACCAGGAAUCUGA